AGUGCAGCGCCGCGUGCAGUGUAUGCAAAGAAAAGCCUACGAACUCGAAGACCGCAUGCGGACCUAUCUAGGCGAGCUCUUAGCAAGACUGUCACACAGUAACAAGGAGAUAACAAUCAGCCAGUUACUGACUACGCUUGAAGACGUUCCUGACAGCAGCGCUCUACGAACAUGUCUGAGCGCUAUACAGCCACGCAUGAAGUUGAUUGACCAGAGGAAAGGAGCGGACAGAACAGUAAAGGAUGAACCCGAAAUCAGGAGGCGGACAUCUGGUAGAGUCUCGAAACGUAUAAGUGGAUUACAGCCACAAAAUGCACCCAGAUCCAACACGAGACGGAUAGGCAGUCACCGAGUAAGUGGGAUAGUACCGUCGUCAGCCAAAUACGCCACUGACAGUACCACGCGGAGAAGGCCGUCAAUAGCUAUUCACACUUCUAGCCAUGACGAAGUAGACCCGUCAGGCACAGGCAGGAAACGAGUGCGCAAUAAGAAGCGAGAGACUAUACACGUUAGCAUGGAGCUCGAAGACGGUAACGAGUUGGUGCUUCCCGAACUGGCGAGUGAGAUGGAAGAGGUUAAGUCACAGAUGAACAAGGCACAGAUUGCGGAAACAGUCGAGAAGAUGAAGGAGAUGCAGGCGUACUUUGCCACCAUGGUGGCGCAAUUGCAAACCAGUGAUUUGUAGCACAAGCGAUAAGAGCGGUAUAAGGACUGAUAUGAAGUGGAGUUUUUUGUAAUAUAUGAGUGAAAGAAGGCGAUUGAAUGAAUGCACGCCAAGGUUUCAA